AUGUACCUUGACUUCUGCUACAACCCAAUGCUCAGUAUCAUCAAAGUAUCCAGGAAUCAUGGAAUGCUUUUGCGUACACAUUUGAAGGUGAAGGGGUUAUCGGGGAUCCCAAAUUCGUCACCCUCACCAUCUCUUGGUUUUGGGCCCCCUGGUGAAGGUUUAAGUGUAUGGAACAAGUCUACCAUGGCAUUGAGAUUCAUUUUGGUGGGUGGACAGCCACUCAAUGAACCAGUAGUUAAGCAAGGUCCUUUUGUUGUGAACAAACAAGCAGAGAUUGAAAAGACUAUAAAAGACUGUUCGUGCAAGAAUGGUCUUGAAAUGGCAAGAUGUUGGAGAUCAAAAUAA